AAUAAAUUUGUUUUGCGAAUCGUGUGUGCUUCGGCUGAUGGACGUGGAUGAAUCGAUGAGACGAUUCUGAAAAGAGACAGAAGAAGAGGAGGAAAAAUGGACCGGCGAAUACCGUACGUUUCGCUUGUUGAGCGAAGAAAUCUCUUCAUAGACCAUUUCCGAAAGUCAUGGCUCAUCAUCGUAUUUGGUCUGAUUCUUUCGAUAGCCGGUGUUUUUGUGUUACUUAAUAAUGAGCGACAAACAGCACGUAAAAUAGUUUCAUUGGAUGAGGCGCUGUCGAAUGUAAAAACAGUAAAAAUCGACGAAAAUCGCAUGAAAGCCGCCAGUGGCCAGCUUUUACAUAUUAUAGCACAAUUGUACACCGAUGAACCGCUUACCGAACCCGACUACAAUAUCCAAGUGCAGGCGGUUAAACUGAAGAGGCGUGUUCAAAUGUAUCAAUGGGUUGAAGAAGAAACUGAAUCGGUGUAUGGCCAAAGUAUUGAUAUAAUCAAUUCGGAUCAGAAAACUUAUUAUUAUACACAAGAUUGGCGAGAUAAGGUGAUUGAUUCGUCGCUGUUUCACAUGCGACUCGGUCAUGAGAAUCCAAAGGAAUUCCCAAUCAAGAAUCGCAUUCAAACGGCCAAUCAUGUGUUGAUUGGACAUUAUGAGUUGGGUGCCGAAGCCAAAGCAAAAAUCAACAAUUACAUCGAAAUUACAUCAGACACUCGACCCGAAGAUCCGGCUAUAAAAUUACAUUCGGGCCUCUAUUAUCACUGCAACGACGUGUUCAGCCCUGAAAUCGGCGAUAUUCGCUUGCAAUUCCUUACGGCUGGAAUUGAAGGCAGCUUUUACACAAUAGUGGCAAAGUAUGAAAAUGGUCUGUUGGUGCCGUAUGUCACGAGUAUAAAUUCAACGGUUCUGAUUCUGUUGCCCGGACGUCAUACCAUUGAAGAGUCAUUCGUUGCGGCACAUUACGAACGUAAAUUACAUGCAUGGGCAUUACGGUUCAUUGGUUGGGUGCUACUAUUUUUUGCCGCUACAUGCACAACGGACCUAUUAACGGUGGUACUGGGCGAUAUUCGAUUGUUUGCCAUCGUGCUACCGAAUCCACAGCAGCCGUUGUAUGGAAAUGUGCUGGUAUCAUUCUCUCUUGCCAUCAUUAUUAUCGCACUGUGCUGGCUACUGUUUCGACCGUGGCUGGCAUUUGGAAUGCUCUUUGCAGCCACAUCACCAUUUAUCUUUUGUGCUCGCAGCAUUGUCAAUAGCUAUCAUCGAAUUGGCAACACACAAAUUGAUUAGACAAUAUCAUACGGUUUACAUACGAAUGGAAAUAUGCACACAAAACUGAUAUGAUAUUCGGAUUUUGUUCUGUAAACUUAAACUAACUAGUCAUUAGGAUAGACAAAUGCCGAAUUUUAACAAACACUCACACUUUUUAACAUGUAGCAAUUUUGGUUUCGAUAGUUUUAACAAUGUAAAUUAAUUGGAAUUGAAAAUAUAAUGGCAGAUUCGAUUUCCCACCAAAAAAAUAUGACAUUUCACACUUCACCAAACCGAUCGCAUAUGCCAACCACACUGUGACAGCCGGUGCAAUCAAAUAAUACCGUUAGGUGAUGCGAGUGUUUUUUUCUUCUUCUUCUCUCUCUCUGCUGUUCGUUGUCAUUAGCGUUUCAUUUGGUUUGUGUGUCAGUUGCAGCAUAA